UGUACUUCCACUUAAGUAUACUCACUACAUUUGCUGAAUGCGUUUGUUGAAUCUGGUCCGAUCGCAGUAAUCACUGACAGUCGUUUGCAGCAUGAACACAGCACACAGAUCAAUGCACGGCUGUCUUUCCACGUCAUCUCAAUUCUUGAAUAAUUUCGGGAGAACCAAGUGCUUUUCUAAUGCUGUAUUUUCUGGGAAGUGUUCAACAGCAGCGUUUGAGCCGAGGAGGAGGGUGAAUGGGGUCUUGCAGCGAUCGGGACUUGUUCGUGCGUCUGGAGAAUCUCCUGACGCAUCUCCGGCAAGCAGCAUGUCAAUUGAUGAGGCAUAUGACCUCCUGGGCGUGAAGGAAGAGGCUGGAUUUGAUGAGAUCAUGAGUGCCAAAAACAGGCUGACGAGUGCGAGUCAGGGAGACAAGGACAAAAUAGUGCAGGGGCUUGUAGAUCCAGCAGGGAGGGUCUCCAAUGAUGCACCAGGGCUGCAGAUCGCAUUAGCACUGGGUGCAUCUGUGUACCUGCUCACAGACAAGAAGAGGGUGGGCAGAGGCCGGGCGGUUGGCAUCACAGUGGCUGGCCUGCUGCUGGGCGUGCUCAUUGGUGGUGGACUGCAGAGUUGGCUGCGCGUCGAUAUUGUACCCAUUGGGGGUCUUGCCUCUCCUGCAGCAUUCGUCAGUGAGUUUGGCAUCCUGGCACUCUGGGCCAGCGUCUCCCUGUUGGCUUGA